AGGACACAGACAACAAACAUGGCGCUGCCCGUAAGAGUGUGUCGAUAGCGAUCGAUGUUUGUAAGUCAAUAAACUUCUUCACACUCGACCCGCACAAGACGACAGGAAACUCAUGUCCCGGCUGGCGGUGGUGUGUGGCGGCUCCAGGGGCCUGGGCAGGGCUGUGGCCCUCCUGCUGGCAGAGAGAGGCUGCAGGCUGGCCGUCCUCUCCAGGAGCCACGAUGCCGCCCAAGCCGCUGUCAAGACUCUCCAUGGAGCUGACCACGUAGCUCUCAGCUGUGACGUUUCCAAAGAGCAGGAGGUGCAGAAAACCUUUGAAACGAUCCAGAAGACCUGUGGAAACAUCUCUUAUCUCGUGAAUGCGGCUGGCAUCAACAGGGAUGCUCUGUUAUUGAGGACCAAGCCUGAGGACAUGGUGGCUCUGCUUCACACCAACCUGCUGGGCUCCAUGCUGACAUGCAGGGCAGCACUGCGGAGUAUGCUGCACACGCAGGAUGCAGCCAUCGUUAAUAUAGGCUCUGUGGUGGGUCUAAAGGGCAACGCAGGCCAGAGCGUAUACAGUGCCAGUAAAGCGGGUUUAGAAGGCUUCACUCGCUCUCUGGCUAAAGAAGUGGCUUCACGCAACAUUAGAGUUAACCUGUUGGCUCCAGGUUUCAUCCACACCGACAUGACAGCGGGGCUGGCGGAGGACAGAGCCCGCUCCGUCCCUCUGGGGAGGUUCGGCACACCGGAGGAGGUUGCACAGGCCGUCCUCUUCCUGUUGAAGUCUUCCUACAUCACGGGACAAGUGCUGGUGGUGGAUGGAGGGCUGCAGCUGGCCAUGUAGGGAGCACAACGUUUCUCUAGAUACGUUGCAUAAAACGUCAUCGGUUACUCUGAUCUCUGAUCGUCUGACUUUAAUCAAAUAAGCUGAAGUGGACUAUUUGUUUAAAGACACUUGGGGGAAGGGAACCAUAAAUCCACAUCUGCCUAUGGAUGGCUGUCCUGCUGCUCUCUGUUAGCAGACGGCUCAGCCGCUCCGCACGGCUGUCGUGGGUGUUGCCUGAAGCGUAUGACGGUCCGUCGUGACUAACGCUGCAGACUCCAGAGUGUCUGGCCCGGUCCAGAACCCCAUACCCAGAGGUCCUAAAUUAAAUCAGUGGAUUUAACGCUGUUAGUCUUUUUUCCACCCGCCGCUGAUUGUAAUGCUUAUGUUUUGUUCCCCCACUUCCCCCGGGAAACCCCCUCAGCAGACACAUGUUGUCCCCCACCAACAACCCCUUGAUUGUGGGCCAUGUCUACGUUCCCGGCAUGCUGGGCUGCAGCUGGAGGAAAUUAGAGGUGGUGGAGGUGAGGGGGGGUGGGGGAGGUUAUUGUAUUUUUAACUUUUGGAAAUGUUUUGAGGGUCUGAUUACGGCUCAGGACCGGCAGUGGGGAUGGAUGGGUAUAGAUAGGCUUCGGGGCGACCGUCUAAGCCACUGAUGAGGAAUUAAAAAUCAGAGUUUCUUGUCAAAUUCAUUAAACCUGGCUUUUUCAUGAAUGAAUUGAAUAAAAGUAGGUUUGUGUUUUUCUCAUAUGUGCAUUUGUCACCAAAUCAUUGCAUGUUUUUCUCAAUCACUGCUGGAGUGACUCCUCACGGUGAACGACAAUGUCUUCAUAAGAUUUCUGUUAAUGGUUUAAGAGAAGCCUACCAGGGUAUGAAACCAUUUCACUCUGUCUCUGAAGAGUUUCAAUUUUUAUUCACGUUUGUAACUUAAAAUAUCGGGACAAUAGUUCAUACACAGUCAUCUUUUGGCACAGAAAUGUGCCAACGCCGAGCUGCUCCAAAACCCUCAACAGGAAAAGAAAACUUCCACCGUGUACAUUUUACAGAAGAGACAAAAAUGAUACAUAUAAAUAUAACUUUUUAUUUUUAUUUUUAAUGAUUAUUGGUGAUCGUUUCCUAUCUCAGAAUAUUGGAAGAAAGUUGUGUUUUCAUACAUCCUGGCAAAAGCGCCUUGGCA